UGUGUGUGUGUGUGUGUGUGUGUGUGUGUGUGUGUGUUGUGCGUGCGUGCGAGUUAGGGUUGUUUCUUCGGUUUCCUCUGGAGCAGGUGGCUAAGGGAUAAUCCAGGAAGAGGAAGAGGCCGAGCGAGAGGUCACUGAUAUCCUUCGGCCCCCUGACUCCCGGGUGACCUGGAUAGUUAGCAUACCUGUGAGUUUCACCGGAGAAUGUAGCUGCAGCCCUGCAGGCAAGACAGAACAAAAUCACCAUCAUGGGAGAAGCUCAGAAGGGCUUACUCUCAGUCAUUCAAAAGCUGAAGGGUUCCACGGAGCAGGAGCUGAGGAUAGUGCUGCUGGGAUUGGACAACGCCGGAAAGACCACCCUGCUGAAGAACCUCGCCUCGGAAGACGUUAACACCAUCACACCCACGCAGGGCUUUAACAUAAAGAGUGUGGCCUCUCAUGGCAUGAAACUAAACGUAUGGGACAUCGGAGGGCAGAGGAAGAUCAGACCCUUCUGGAAAAAGUACUUGGAAAACACAGACCUGCUGAUCUAUGUCAUCGACAGUGCAGACAAGAAGCGGUUUGAGGAGACGGGAUUGGAACUUUCGGAGCUGAUCGAUGACGAGAACCUUAAGGGCGUACCGGUGCUCAUCUUUGCCAAUAAGCAGGACCUGGCCACAGCAUCACCGGCCAGUGAGAUUGCUGAGGGACUGAACCUGCAUACGUACAGGGAUCGUGAAUGGCAGAUUCAGGCAUGCUCGGCUGUGUCAGGCGAAGGAGUUCAGGAUGGCAUGAACUGGAUUUGCAACAACAUUGUAAAAAAGAAGAAAUAAACCAACAUCCUUACCUGCAUCGACCAGAGUGAAGCAGAGAAUCGGUGUCACCCUUCAAUUCUGCAAGGUGUGCUUGUGACAUUCUGCUUCAGUGGAGGAAGACCGUACCCCCUGUUCCAAAUUUGAAUGAUUGUUUGUUUUUACAUUACGUUUUUAUGGACAUUUUCGAACAUAGCAACUCAAGUCAAAUUCUGUAGCCACAGUACCCGAUUUAGACACUAAGCUCUUAGUGUUAUCUCAUCCGAGUCAUAUAUGUUUUGUCUCCGAAGACCUUCCUCUGAAGAAUAUGUGUGCUUUCUUACUUAUCUUACUCUAUGGGAGAACCAGGCUGUAGACACACUGAGUCGUUGGAUGUAAGCAGUCGUGUAGACGUGAGUCCAGUGUGAGUGUAAAGUGUGUGUAAAAUGUGUUUAUGUGUUUGGAGA